GGAAGGUUCUAUUCUGUAAGGCGGUUUGAUCCCGGCCGGGGGACCAAUGCCGCAGUUCGCCACGUCGACGCCCGUCCUCUCUUCAACUUCAGAAUGUCAUUUCCGAAGAAACAGAGUGAAUGGCAAACUACGCUAGAUUCACUCCACCCUACUCCAGAGAUAAUCUCCGCUUUCUUUUUUUGGACAUGGGUCCCCUAUGCUCGUCGCUGAACAGGCCAGGAACCCAGCCAUGGGCCCAGACGGCGACCUCGCGAAGUUUUUGGCCCUACUUUGAGGGCCAAGUACAAGCCGAAGGGCAUUGUCAUAUUCAGCGCUCACUAGGAAACGAUAGGGGUGUGGCAUGUAACGGAUUACGAAAAUAUAAUCUCCUCAUGGACUACUACGGGUUUGAUCCCUAUUUCUAUCAACAAAGAUUUGAAUCCAAAGGAGACCGUGGUUUAGCCGUGCGUGUUCUGCAGUUGUACAAAGAGGUACAUCACCCCCCUUUCCUCGAUAGCAAUGUCCUACAUAGGGUAGUACACCCCAACAAGAUAAUAAUUCGAUUCAAAAAAAAAGAAAAAAAAAGGAGAUACAUCGACAGAAAGUCAUUCUCUCGGUUGAUAUCGACGUGAAGGCAGGUCAAGAAGCCAAGCUUUCAAGUAUCCACGAGAGCCGCGGGUUAGAUGGACAUCGGAUCUUCUCCGCCUCUUCCAAGCUCGGGAUUGGACCACGGCGCCUUCGUUCCUUUCAAGCU